GUGUGUGUGUGUGUCAGUGGGUGGGUGGGUGUCGUCCCAAACGUUGGAACGUGAGCGAACAGUGCGCGUGGCGUCGCCCAUAAAAACAUAAAGCCAGUAAAAAUAACGGUGUCCCAGGAGCGCGCACUCGGGCCGGUCAGUGCGCGGAGGAUCUGAGGCGGGGCAUCUUUACAACCGAGCCCCCUUUUCUGUUGGGGUCCAAGUUCGACGUGUGUGUGCGAUUUUUUUUUUUUUUUUUUUUUGACGAGGGUUCAAAGUUUGAGUGUGUGUGUGGUUUUUGUCACACGCUCCAGAAGGCAGCGCGCGAUCUGGUUUCGUUUACGGCUCAUGGAUACGACAAGAAAAGGAAAAGAAAAGAAUGCUUUCUGAUGCGUAUCCGCGUUCUUCUCCUCCACGCCUCGGUGUGUGCUAGUGCUGGCGCCAACUUCUCGCCAUAGGAAUGAGAUAAACACGCACACACACACGUUUACGAAAAAAAAAGCCCAGAAAAGUUCCAGGGCACCGGAGAGAGCAACGCGCGCCCGCGAGGGAAAACGGGAUAAAGAGAAAGUUGCACGGUACGGAACUGAACUGGAUUAAAGUGGAGCAGCGAGACGUGAAGAUCAAGACGUUACAUUAAUGCAUGUGCACGCGGGACAUAAAGAAAGCACGAGAGAGAAUAAACGCUUCACGGAAACCAGAAGAGGAAAAACACAGUCAGGGAACCGGGGAAGAAGAGCACACACACACUGAUGUGAAAAGGAAUGCAAAAGAACUCUGUGAUGGAGUCUACAGUUAGCACAUCCACACAGGUGCCAGAGGAAUAUGACCGGAACGUUCCACGGAUCUGCGGUGUGUGUGGAGACAAAGCUACUGGCUUUCACUUUAAUGCCAUGACCUGUGAGGGCUGCAAGGGCUUUUUCAGACGCAGUAUGAAGCGCAAGGCCAGCUUUACAUGCCCUUUCAGCGGGAGCUGUGCCAUCACUAAAGACAACCGGCGUCACUGCCAAGCCUGCAGACUAAAGCGCUGUCUGGACAUCGGCAUGAUGAAGGAGUUUAUCUUGACCGAUGAAGAGGUGCAGAGGAAGAAAGAUCUGAUCCAGAAGAGGAAGGAUGAUGAGGCGAAGAAGGAAGCACAGAAGCCCCGCCUCUCUGAGGAACAUAGUGCAGUCAUCUCCACGCUGGUGGAGGCGCAUCACAAAACCUACGACGACUCGUACUCAGAUUUCUCUCGCUUCCGACCUCCUGUGAGAGAAGGUCCUGUUACACGCAGUGCCAGUCGAGCGGCGUCUCUACACUCACUGUCUGAUGCGUCUUCCGACUCCUUUCGCCACUCACCUGAGACGGGUGAAGGUAAGCUCAAUCUGAGCAGUAUGUUGAUGAUGUAUCAGGAACAGGGUUCUAGUCCUGACUCUAAGGGGGAUGAUGGUUCCCCCUUGUCCAUGCUGCCUCACCUGGCUGAUCUGGUCAGCUACAGCAUCCAGAAGGUCAUCGGAUUUGCCAAGAUGAUCCCUGGAUUCAGAGACUUAACAGCGGAGGAUCAGAUCGCUCUGCUGAAAUCCAGUUCCAUUGAGGUGAUCAUGCUGAGGUCUAAUCAGUCCUUCAGUCUGGAGGAUAUGAGCUGGUGCUGCGGGGGGCCUGAGUUCAAGUACUGCGUCAAUGAUGUCACUAAGGCUGGCCACACUCUGGAGCUGCUGGAGCCACUGGUGAAGUUCCAGGUGGGGUUGAAGAAGCUGAAUCUGCAUGAGGAGGAGCACGUGCUGCUGAUGGCCAUCUGCCUGCUGUCCCCCGACCGUCCCGGCGUGCAGGAUCACGAGCGUGUGGAGGUUCUACAGGAGCGUCUCUCCGAGAUCCUCCAGGCGUACAUCCGAGUGCACCACCGCGGACGUCUGCAUUAUGCUAAGAUGAUCCAGAAGCUGGCGGAGCUGCGUAGUCUAAGCGAGGAACACUCGAAGCAGUACCGCACACUGUCCUUCCAACCCGAGCACAGCAUGCAGCUCACACCGCUCGUCCUCGAGGUGUUUGGAGGACAGGUCACCUAGAGGUCAGAGGGAGCGUGUAGGGCGUGGACGCAUGGACAAUCACCAUGAGACACGCACGCACAGAGAUUGGGAGUGACGUGUGUGUGUAUAUGUGUGUGUGUGUGUGUGUGUGUGUGUGUGUGUGUGUGUUCAUUUCUUCAUGGGUUCUAGAACAGAAGGGUGUUUUAACAUCAUGUGCACAGCAUUUAUUCCAGCAACAUUAACCUACAGUAUUACACAAGAUGUGUGUGUGUGUGUGUGUGUGUGUGUGUGUGUGUGUGUGUGUGUGUGUGUGUGUGUGUGUGUGAUAGCUCUGCUUAGUCCACUACUACUGUCUCUUUUCACCUCCUACCUUUAAAAUGUACACGGUCCACAGUCCAGCCACUUGACCAAUCACAAUGCAGCACUUCACCCUCAGGCCCCUCCCACAGCAAGCUCCGAUUGGCUGCUGAAAACAAUGCACAAAAUCAGGUUUGCGGAUUAUUAUUAUUUAUUUAAAAAAAAAAACAUCAAUCCUAUUCAUAGCUGUCCAAUUUAUGUUUGCGGAAAUUGCAAAAUUUUUACUUUGCUAAAAUAUUUAGAAUUCAAAUCCAUCACGUUCUGUAAUACGACAUUCAGCAACUUCUUCACAUUCGCUGUGUUCUACCUACAUGGCGUGUAGUAAUGGGCGUAAUCAUGUGACAUCGAACAGACACAAAACAUGUCAGAUAUAUAAUCGUAUUGUACUUGUCAAGGAGGUAUUAAUAUAAAAAGCUUCUACACCAAACAACAGAUGAGUCAUUUAGUCAGACUUAAUGAAUGAGUCAUUUAGUCAGACUUAAUGAAUGAGUCAUUUAGUCAGACUUAAUGAAUGAGUCAUUUAGUCAGAUUUAAUGAAUGAGUCAUUUAGUCAGAUUUACCCUCAGAUAUCUACACAUUAUGAUGGUUUGUGUUUUUUUAUGAUGGAUAUUAAUAUUUAAAAAUGUUUUUUUUUUAAUAGAAGAUGCCUAAGGAAUCGUUUCUACAUCACACUUUGACUCGACGAAUCAAAUGCGAUAGGAUCAGGAAGUCAAAUUGUCACUUUUAUUGAAGAAGACAAACAUGGAAGUCUUCUGGUUUUCAUUGUAUAUAUUUUUUCACCUCGUAGUAUUUACAACAGCAAGUGUAGUAUAGACUGCAUAGUAUAUAUUACUGUAUGUAUACUGCAUUACUCUAUUUACUGCUUCUCCGGUAUCAAACAACUCGAGUUCAAUUUUAGUUCCAUUUUGUAAAUGACUCUGAGUCAUUUACAAAAUGACUCUGAGUCAUUU